GUACGCGGACGGCACGGCCGAGAAGCCCACGCGCGCGGCACCGCGGAGGACGCCCGCGAGGCCGAGGGAGCGCACCAGCACCGUCGUCGCCGUCUUCGUUGUGGCGAUGGCGGCAGGCUUUGCCGUGCCCGCCGCGGUGCUGGCGCCCGCGGCGCUGCGCAGGCUGCGCGGGGCGCGCUCCGGCUACGUCGCGGUGCCGGAGGCCAGCGGCGACGAGCCAGCGCCCCCCGAGCCUGGCACAGGGCGCGCGCCCUGGCUGCCGGCGGAGGGUGACGGCAGACCGUGAGGGGCCGCGUGGUGGCCCGUGGAGUGCCUCGGUGGCGCGCACAGGCGCAGCGGACGGCCCCAGACUUUGAGGAUGAUGCUGCUGAUGAUGAUGAUGGAAGCGUUCGGCGAGUGGCGGAGGUCAGGCGACUGCAUGCUGAGAUGUCUUGGCUUCAGGAUUCAGCGCCACACGGGCCUGCCUCGUGGUUGUCAACUAGUCGCUGCCAGUGCCGUUGGGCUUCGUCGCGCGUGUCCAUCAUGUCAGAGUUCCUCGACGCGGAGGCCCGAAUACUGCAGUGUUGACCCUACGUGAGCAGUUUCCCCGCACAGUGCUUGGCCUUCCGUGGCUGUGACUCCUGCCUUCCUCAGCACUCCUGCAGGCUCCCGGGGUUUUGCCCCUGGCAUCGCUCGGACGUGUCUUACACGGCAUGACUUGCAACAUGCAUCUUGCCCCACAUAGAGUGCAUAUCGUGGGCGCCAUGCGCUGCUGUCUGGGUCCGCACCACCAAUCAUUCCUCCAGUCUGUGUUGAACACUGAGAGGGGGCCAAACCCCCGCCAGCUUCUUGCAAGCGGUGGCGGGGCUCCACGUUCUGCCUCCCGCAGUGGGCAGCAGUAGGUGUUCACCCGCUGCUCGACUAUGCUCUUUUUUUUCGUUUGGUUCAUCCGGGCUUGGAUGUUCGGAUCAGCCCACGCUUGUUGCAUCUCCUGCCACCGUGCCUCUUCCCUCCAGCAGCGGUGCUGGUGGGUCCUCCAGGCGCCUGUCCCCCGGAGUCUCUCCCUGACCGCGCAUGCUUUUGGAACCACCGUUUUCCGAGGCGGCCGUCUAAUUCAGCCGUCCUCCAAGCAGGACGGCCCCAGUGCAAUCACGUCUCGCUGCGAGUGGCAGCCCGCGAAGCCCCUGCUGGCAGAGCUGGGCCGCGACGCGUGCGGCGUUGCAAGAUGAUGGGCCCGUUUUCCACCACCAUCACUAUAAGUUGGAGGGGGGAGGAGGGGGAGGAGGAGGCCCAUCAGCAAGAAGCCCGGGGCGAUCGCGCGCCGCGGGCCGGCACGCGCCCCGCGUCGGGGACCGCGCGCGCGGAGGCCCGUGCGCGCACGUCGCUGGAGCUCGGCGCCAGCUGGCUGCGCCCGAGAGCGGCCCUCCGCCAGAGUGGUCUCCGGUGCGGGCACACCGUCAAGGCAGAAAAGAACCAGCAAGACCCCGACGAUAGGCGUUUGCUGGCGGCCCUGGGCGUUUCCUAGACAGCCCUGCCCUGUGCGAUGCCUGCCCUGAGCGCGCCGGCUGAGCGGCUUCGCUUGUCGGGGUGCUUCUCUUGAGGGCGGGUCUUCUGCCCUCUACACAGGUGGUGACUCCAUCUCAUGUCGUUGAAUCUCAUUUCGUCCGCUUCUUUUCGUCCAGUCAGGGCAUGG